UAGAAAAGCAAAGGAAAUGGAGAAAAAGAUCAGUGGCUGAUGAUGGCUAGUAAAACAAACAGCACUAUCAAUGUCUGAACAGUAGGUUCUAAUAGGAAAGAUUAUUGUGUGCAGUGUUUUUUUCUUCUUAUUUUGGUUUUAGUCUGAAAUGUUUUAACUAACUGGAUCUGGAUAUAGUAAAGACUAGAGAAAGAGAAGGAGCUGUAAACUAUGUGAGGGUGAGUUUGUUGUUGCUGUUAGGAUGUCUCUGCUCUUUCAUUUGUUGUGGUGGACCUUUGUCUUGAGUGUUCUCUGGCAAGUUUAGGAUUGGAAAGUGCAUCUACUGGUCUAGUGAAUGACAGCAUCAGUCUUGGAGAAUUUGAAAUGGUUAAGUAAUUGAAGCUAGGCAGUAGUUUUAUUUUGCUUAAUGCAAUAUGCUGUGUGCAUGUAUUUAUGAAUAACUGGUUAAGACAUUUACAUUUCUCAAUAUUAUGAUUUUACACUAAUGAUACGCCCCUUUGCUUUGGCUUAAUCUGUGAAGCAGUUUAUCAGACUGCAAUGGGAAUUGGGUCAGCUGACUAAAACUUCUUCAGUAAUGUUGUAGGAAGACUGUCACAUUUGCAAAAAAAAUUGCAUUGGAACUGAUUUUAACAAAUUAAAGUUUAUAGAUAGUGGAGAAGAAAGUUGAGACAACUUUACAAUUUCCAUUGAGAUUUCCCUUUAUAGUUCAUGAUGUUACUUUCCAAAUCUCACAGUUUACACAGGGUCUCCUAUUUCCAGAGCUUAUUUGUUUUUUUAACUUGUGUGUAUUUGGCUCCCAGGGACAGGUAGUAAUGUGGUGAGUGCUGUAGUUCAUUCAUUCAUGAAUUGAGGCUGCCUCUAGGGAGCACUGAGAGUCUGUGAGGCACCAUACCAGUGAGACAGUGACUCAGUCUAGGCUGAGCUCUUGUGGUGCUUCUCCGUGGUCUGACCUCGGCUCCAGAGCAUGUGCCAGUUUCAGAGGAGCUCCACAUGAGAUCCUGAAGCCUCCUGUGUUUCAGUGAGGAUUGUGACAGCAGAAGGAGAAGCGCAUUGAAAUCAGCUCAUGCAACGGGACUCGGCGAGCUCAAACAGGACGGUAAAUCCACAUAAUAGUCAACUCUGAAAGUCUGCUGUCUUAGACAUUGUUCCUCUUUAAAGUGUGCCAUGAGGGUAGAAUGUUUGAUGCUGGUUGCCUUAUUGGUGCUGGAAUAUGUGUGUCGGAGUGAAGCCAUGUCCACCUGUAAGUCACUGGACUUGGAGCUGGUGAAGAGGAAACGCAUUGAGGCCAUCCGUGGACAGAUACUGAGCAAGCUGCGGCUGCCCAAGGAGCCAGAGAUUGACCAGGAGGGAGACACUGAGGAGGUCCCAACCUCCCUGAUGUCCAUCUACAACAGCACAGUGGAGCUGAGUGAGGAGCAGGUGCACACAUACAUACCGCCCACUCCGGAUGCAGAAGAGGAGGCAUACUUUGCAAAGGAGGUCCACAAGUUCAACAUGAAACAAAGUGAGAACACCAGUAAGCACCAGAUGCUCUUCAACAUGUCAGAGAUGCGGUCAGUAUUGGGGACUGAUCGACUGCUCUCUCAAGCUGAGCUCCGUCUCCUCAUCAAGAACCGUGGCAUGUCCGACAGCAGCGAGCAGAGGCUGGAACUCUACAGAGGUGUUGAAGAUGAGGCACGUUACCUGAAGUCCCAUUUUGUCUCCAAGGAAUGGGCCAAUCGCUGGGUGUCCUUUGAUGUUACAGAGACUCUGAGGGAGUGGCUGCAAGGGGCUAGAGAGGAGCAAGGGUUCCAAUUGAAGUUGCCUUGUGAUUGUGGGAAACAAAUGGAAGAAUUCCUCUUCGAAAUAUCAGGGAUGUUCAAGCGAAGGGGAGAUAAAGAAACUCUCUUCACGAACAUGCCAAAGCCUCACAUUUUACUGAUGUCACUUCCUGUGGAACGCCACAGCCAGCUUAGCUCUCGGAAGAAAAGACAAACCACUACUGAAGAGAUCUGCUCAGACAAUUCAGAGAGUUGCUGUGUGCGAAGGCUUUACAUUGACUUCCGUAAGGACCUGGGCUGGAAGUGGAUCCAUGAACCCACUGGCUACUUUGCUAACUACUGCAUGGGCCCCUGCACCUAUAUAUGGAACACAGAGAACAAGUACUCCCAGGUACUGGCUCUGUAUAAGCACCACAAUCCUGGAGCCUCUGCACAACCCUGCUGUGUUCCACAGGUCUUGGAGCCCCUACCCAUUCUCUACUAUGUGGGUAGACAACACAAGGUGGAGCAGUUGUCCAAUAUGAUUGUUAAGUCCUGCAAGUGUAGCUAGAAUUACAUAUAUCUCCAUUUUCUUAUUCAUCGUAUUUCCUUGUACUCAUGGAGAUACAAAAAGUGGAUGAGCGGUCCUAGGGAAAAAUCUGGAUGUAGUCAAGAUAUAAUUUCCAAAGGUUCAUAAUAUUAUUUGACAUGUUUCCUAGCAGAGGAUUUCCCUAUUCAAUGAUUUGUGGAUGUUUUUAUUUUGUAUUUUAUUUUUAUAUAUAUAGUGGUUUAUGAAGUUCUUUAAAUAGUUCUUUAGAUUUUCCAAUGUCCUGGGUGUGUCAAUAGUCUUGUCUUAUUGUCAUUGUGUUUCAGUAUUUACAGUGCAUUCGGAAAGUAUUGAGACACCCUCCCUUUUUCCACAUUUUGUUACGUUACAGCCUUAUUCUGAAAUUGAUUAAAUUAUUAUUUUUCCUCAUCAAUCUACACACAAUACCUGUAAAGAAAAAGGCCGUCCCGCUCCUCUCCACUCUACCUAACUUCCCCUCACAGUCCCUUCAGUUUCCCUUAAAUCCCGUUAGUUUGGCUGCUCAACCUACCUAAGUUAUCCCUCACCCAUCAUAGCCCUGCCAUUCCCAACCAAUCAGAGUGCUUGGAAAGGGGCAUCUGGACACUGCACCCACCCACUCAGGUCAGAGCGUUAUUGUGGUAAAUUCAAUUGAUUGGACAUGAUUUGGAAAGGCACACACCUGUCUAUAUAAGGUCCCACAGUUGAC